AUGCUAAGUUUAAGCUUGUUCCCCAUCUUGUUUUUAGCCUGUAACUGCGCAGUACCGUUCAAUCCUGAUGCGCAAAAUGAAAAUGGCACGGCAUCCUCAAGUGACACAGUAGCAACGGGAGGUCCGGAGAAUUUUGGCGAAACUUCUUCUGAUAGUUCUGAAAAGGCUGCAACCUCUGAAGAAGAGAGUUCUGAUGAUUCCGAGGUGGAAUCAACCGAAGAAGAAGACACUUCAACCUCUGGAGAAGAGUCUGAUGAUCCCGAAGUGAACGAAGAUGAAGAGCCUCAAGGAGAAUGUUGUUCUGGGUUCUGCUGCGGAGGAGUCUGCUGUUCGUAUGGAGGUUCUCCAUGGAGACUAUGGGGCCCAUGGGGUCACCCUCGUUGGAGAGGACGUCACGGAGGUUGGGGUCGCUUCCAUCGAAGAGGACAUCGUCGAGGAUAUCACCACUUUAAUCAAUUCGGAAACCAGUAUGGCCAUCAGCCGUCAUACGGAUAUCCUCAUUAUUUCGGGUAUCCGCAUGACCACCACUUUAAUCAUUUCGGAUAUCAGAAUCACCACCACCCUGAUCAAUACGGAUAUCAGUCUCACUACCAUUACUAA